AUGAUUCAAGGAAUGGUGAAAGAUGGUGUUAUUGAACCUUCGUCUAGUCCAUGGUGUUCACCAGUGGUGCUGUUGAAGAAGAAGGACGACAGCAUGCGGUUCUGUGUUGACUACCGCCGUCUGAACGACGUUACAAAGAAGGACAGCUAUCCCUUGACAAGAAUUGAUGACACGCUGGACAUGCUUACAGGAGUAAAGUAA